GUCUCAUUCAUUUUAUGAUUGAGGAAUUUUGCUGCUCGUAUUGGGCAGUAAUUUAAUUUUAAUUGUCAAAUUGGAUUAUAAUAUCUCAUUGACUCAUCAAGUUUCCAUAAUACCAGUAUAUAAAAUAAGUUAUCACAGGAAACUGUGACUCUUAUUGAUUAGAAGAAAAGUAAACAAGUUUCAAUUAUUUGUGGGCCCGUAAUAAAACCCCAAAAGAUGCAACUAACAUCCGACCCAAGGCGUGCUGAUAGGGAACGUCGAUUCAAACCGCCUCCACCGACUUCUGCUCCAGCUGAAGAUCUCACCACAGAUUAUAUGAACAUCCUAGGUAUGGUGUUCUCUAUGUGUGGUCUUAUGAUGCGUCUUAAAUGGUGUGCAUGGACUGCAGUAUUCUGUUCUAGUAUUAGUUUUGCUAAUUCUAGAGUUUCUGAUGAUACUAAACAGAUUGUGAGCUCCUUUAUGCUGUCAAUAUCUGCAGUUGUUAUGUCAUAUCUACAAAAUCCUGCUCCAAUGUCACCCCCAUGGGCCGCUCUUACAACAUAGUAAAUAUAUUAU